UCGAACGCAACUUGUUGCUGUUGAUCGAUAUGGGAUUUAUUCACCAUGCAGCGGUGAGGCAUCAUCGUUUGAUCGGACGUGCUGGACAGGUAAAUGUGUGUCACUGUGGUUGACUGCGAGGAAACAGCUUCAAAGAUUUGUGCCGACCACAAAAUGGACUAUACCUAAAGAACGAAUGGAAUAAGAAAUACUGCUGCCGUUGAAGUACACCCAAUCUCAGUACCAUCUCAAAUACUGUAAUUUGUGACUCGUUUAACUAACAACAUGCCUCUAAGGGUGCCAGUGAAGUGGCCCCUGUCAUAUGGCUUUCAGAUAUAUGGGCGUGGUCCAUGCUAUGUUAUCUAUGUGGAGAAAGGCAGUGUUGCUCAUCGGUCAGGGCUUAUGCCCGGAGACCAGAUUCUACAGUUGGAAGGACGAGAUGUGACGUCUCUGUCUGCAGAAUCAUUGCGAGUACUCGCCAAACAAAGCCGUGCCCAGCCCCCGGGGGUGGAGGUUGUGUCGUGUUUGUGUCAAGUGGAUAUUCCUGCCCGCAAUGCAACAGGGUACGGAUUUACUCUUGUGGAAGGCCGGCCGCUGGUUGUGGGAGCCGUGGACUUCGGAAGCCCAGCUUACAGAGCUGGACUGAGGAUAGGUGAUGUAAUUCUGGAGGUGAACAACCAGCCAGCCCUGAGUCUGGAUGAUGUGGGGAGACUGUCCAAGGCGGGGCGCAUGAGUCUCCUGACCAUCCCGGUGGGAAGGACCGCCAACAUGCUGCAAGUGGAGAAGAACCUGAACAAGUCCACACCAGCCAAACACAGGGUCCAGAGAGCCAGGGAUCUCCAUGACAAGAUGAACCUCAUCCUUGGUGAUGACUAUGAGAAGAAGAUGGCCGUUGUGGGAAUACUGAAGCAGUAUGCCGAGGAUCGGGAUGUGGAUGUGUUUUGUGAGGCACUGGGUGUCAUUCUUAAAACUCCACAUCAACGACGGGUUCUCAGACAAAUCAGACCUUUUGUGCCCCCAUAUCACCGCCCCCGAUUUGAAGAACUGAUGAAGAUGAAGAACCCAUCUCACAUGCCCAGUGAUCAGUCCAGCAAUGUGUCCGGAGGCCUGUCCCACAAGAUUGGAUACAGAAGAGUGAUCCAGGUCAUACGAGAUGAUGGCAGUUUUGGCUUCAUCAUCAAGGGAAGUAACCCUGCCUACAUUGAGAACCUGGAUGAAGGUGGUCCAGCCGACAAAGCAGGUCUUCAGCCACGAGACUUCAUCAUGAGGCUCAAUGGCAUCGAUGUCAGGCGUGCUGACCACAAUCGCCUUGUGCAGCUGUUGAAGGACAGUGGGACGGCGCCAACCUUGGAGGUGCUGCGCUGUGUCGGGGGACUCAACUCACCAACCAUCAGUCUGAGUUCACUAUCCACGGAUUCAUCUGAAUCAAGCCACGCCUCCACAGAGUGGCUGAGCAAUCAGAAGUUUGUCGAUAAAGAGGGUCGCACAUUCAAGCACAGGGUUGAUUUUCUGUUGACAUCGAAGGAGAGAUCUCACCUGAAGAGAUCAAUGCAGACCUAUGAAGUGACGCGAGAUGUGGUGGAGCUUGAAACAAGUCUGUCUGAAAUCCUGGACACACCAUCAAAGAGGACAUUGUGGAUGUUUGUGAUCGCCCGUCUGCCUCCGCAGCAUCAGGAGUUCUGUAUUCACCGAAUUAGUCUGCCCCAACAUGUACUGCUGGAGGUUUUGCGAACACAGCAGAAAAUAAAUGGCCAUGGGCAAAUGACAGCAAAUGGUCUCCAGCAGGCGGGGUGGGAGACCCACAUCGGGACGUCUGCCCGUCUGCCCGCCUCCUUCCAGCAGCAGAUCGAGUUCCUGCUCACAUCACAGGAGCGAAUACAGAUCAAGCGCUCCCUCCAUAUGUACGAAGAGAACAGAGAUGUGAAGGCCCUGCUGAAUGAGCUGGAAGAGAUGCUGGACACACCAUCCAAGAAGACAUUGUGGAAGUUUAUCCUGCCGCUGCUGACGUCGUCGCACCAAGAUAUUGUCAAGCGGAGACUUAAUUUCCGACAACAGUACAUAAGGUCUGGGAAAGUCCACCACCAUCAGGAGGAAUUGUCAUCGUCUGAUGAUGAAGAAAAGACCAGCUCAGCUUCUUCUGAAUCUAUUGAGUGGCGUCCAAAAUCCAAAGAUCACAAGGAGAACUCUGAGCGUGCGCUGCUGUGGGAGUUGGAGGAGACGAGGAGGGCAGUGCAAGAGGUCAGGGAGGCACUUAUGAGCAGGACGGUCCUUAUUGCAGGUGAUCCCAAUGGUGGCCCCCUGUUGGCUAAUGGUGAUUAUUCAGACUCAAAGCGGUUUGUAACGGUGAUCCCGAUUGGGUACCAGGGACAAGAACCUGUGAGGCACAGUUCUCAUGGCAACAUCCCAAAUGGAAUGCCCACACAAGUAAAGAUCCAUAAUAAUCUGAGUCAUACCACGUCGACGGAAUCGUCGCAGAGCUCUGUCGGCAACCAUGUGAUGUAUAGUACAGAUGAAACAGACUAUCACACAGACAAGGAUUUAUCCAACUACUCUGGCGACACGUUCAACCAGAAGGCCAUGGUGGCCCUGAAGGAACUAGAUGCUGUGAUGGCUGCUGAGGCAGAGGAACUUGACCGACCUGUGGUCAACAAGAGUCAUCAGACUAAUGGCGUUUUGGGCCCUAGGUCCCCAGCCAAGAACAUUACCAUAGUGACCAAGAGUGACCAAGUUGCAGUCAAUGGGGUUGUGUCGAGGUCAGGGAGUAGCGUAACUGCCCAGAGCAUCCAAGUCUCCAGAUCCAAUAGUAAUGCCACUGCUCGGAAUGGCAUGUUUGCUGCACCAGCACAAGCGCCACCACCUCCACCACCUCCGCCACCACCACCGCCACCACCGCCACCACCGCCACCACCUCCACCUCCAGGUCCCAGCAGCAAGAUCGAGCCUGGCGGGAUGAACGUGAAGAGGAUCAACUGGGAGAAACUGGACAACAACAUCGUGGAGAACACGAUAUGGAGAAAUGUCAAUAAAGACAACGCUUCCUUGGAAAAGAUGGUGAAGCAUAUGGAGCUGGAAAACCAGUUUAGUACCAAGAUGCAGAAAACACAUUUUCAUGAGAAGCGUCAGGAGCUCUGCAUUCUAAAUCCAAAGAAAGCAUACAAUGUGUCUAUUCUGAUGGGCCACCUGAAGAUGACCGGAGCCCAGAUGAAGGAGGCUCUGUACAGGAUGGAUGAGCACAUCUUGACUCCAGAACUCAUUAAACAACUCCUGGCUUACUCUCCCAGUGGAACGGAGAUGGCCAGCUAUGGUGAUUUCAAGGGAGACAUUGAAGAUCUUAGCAAACCUGACCAGUUCACAUAUGAGAUGAGCCGUAUUCCAGGCUACCAUCAACGACUCCAGGCCAUGCUAUUCAAGACAAACUUUGAGGAGAAAAUAACCGAAAUGAAGGAGAAUCUGCAUUACAUCAAGACAGCAUCAUUAGAAAUGAAAGAAAGCAAGAAGUUGGCCAAGAUUUUGGAGCUGAUCCUGGCGAUGGGGAACUACAUGAACAAGGGCAACCAGAGGGUGGGAGAGGCUGCGGGCUUCCGAGUCACCUUCCUCACACAGCUUGACGUUACGAAGACCAGCGACAACAAGUUGACCUUCCUCCAUGUCCUGGUGGACACCAUCAAGACCAAGUUCCCCGAGCUCAUCACACUCAGCGAGGAAAUAAAGGCAGUUUCUAAAGCUAGUAAAGUGUCCAACGUUCUGCUUCACCAGGAGUUACAGGAUCUCAGAAAGGCAGUACAGGAAAUCUCCAGCACCCUGGAGAAGAUGAAAGGCCACUCAGCACCGGCCGGAUUCACGGACAGAUUCAACGAAGUCAUUGGUAAAUUCAUCGGACGUGCCACCAGUGAGGUGCAGUCCAUGUCCCGACUUCAGACAACCGCCAUGGAGGCGUUCCAUGAGAUGGUGCAGUACUUCGGGGAGGACCCCAACAAGAUGGACACAAGCGACAUGUUCGGAAUCUUCAACCAGUUCGUUGUUAAGUUUGAGAAAGCACAUCGAGAAAAUUUGAAUCGUCACUGACACUUGCAGCCCCUCACUAAUGCCACAACCCUGCACGUUUGAUAUGGCCACACAUUUGAGUUGAUCUGUUGAGUUCAGGCAGCAUAGGAACUGUACUAAGUGUACAGGAAUACGCUGGCACUACUUCCACAACACAGGAACGAUGACACCAUUGGUCAUAUCCAACACAGCUGGUCCACAGCUAAUUUCGGACUAGUGGUUAUGUAAAAUAAGUGGAUUUUGGGAGUAAACAAACUGGUCCUAGAUUUUCACUUGUGUCGGACAAACAGACCAGUGGGCGUGUCUAUCCUUGGAACUCUGUACUCAGUGAUGAGUGCCCUGGCACUUCACUUCCACCAACAGAGGAACUCUGUAGUCUGUGUAGCGUUAUCAGGCGGAGCGCCUCUGUACUCCAUUUGCUGAGGUGCUCUGGCACUACUCUUGCAGCAUUGUCAGCCUUGCCACGUGCUCUACUUAUGAUCACCACACUAUGCAGGCACUCAUUACUUCAUAUGACACAGUUACUGUGUUUAUACGUUUCAUUUACUGAUUUAUGUACAAACAUCUGCUUGAGUAUAUGCUAUUAUUGCAUGACAUGACAUUAUACAUUGUACAACGUCUUUGAAUGACAUUGAGAAGUUGUGAUGUACAAGGAAAAGUUUUAUGCAUGAACAACUUCUUUAUUACAAAUGAGCUAAUUUUCAGGGUAUAUUCUAUUCAGGGUGAUGACUUGCUUGAUAAAUGUUUUAGAAUCUACUCUGAAAACAUCUUAGUUGUAACAGAAACUUGUUUAUCCAUACUUACCCUUGUCCAACAUAUGGUAUAUAUUGAACAUGCAUAACUGCUUCGAGGAAUAACAUACAGUGUUAACAUUAUUAUAGGUCCUGUUUUUAAAAUUAGGACACCCUAAAACAUGUAUAUUCAACAUUAGGGUUACGGCCCCUUGACAUUCAUUCUUAGAUAAUAAUCAUACUGUGAUGUUAGUUAUAUAUAGCUAUUGAAGUGUAACCACAAUAGCUUGUGUCACAAUAACUCCAUAUGUACAUACCAUGUAUCUGAACAGGCUGUAGAGUUGGGUUACUACCAGUGUAUUCCAGUUAGCUUGUAGUAAGAGCAUUGAUCACAUUCCACAUUCCAGCAUUUGAUUGCAGCCAUAUUUGAACAAAUUUAUAUUCCAUGACACCUUGAUGACUGGUGUCUCUUUUAAACAGAAUUAGCCUCCAUCCUAUGAUGGUCGUGCUGCUGAUGGUGCUGUACAAGCUCACACACUUAUGCAAGGCACAUUGUCCUCAUCAGCAAGUAUAUUGGUAUUGUCACUUCAUAGCUAAUGCUUCUAUUAGCUGUUACAUAUUCAAUGGAUGACCAAUACAAGGCACCAAGACACUGCGCCACCUUGGGAGUCUUAAUCUAGCCCAUUUACUUUAAAUGCAGGAAAUCUAGUCAGCUUAGUCAUGUAGAGAUAUACAGAUUUUGUUCUUGCAAAGGCUUUGUAGUCCUGUAACUGUGCAGCUUGUCCAAUAGUACACAUGGAUGUCCCACAUGUAGAUAUAACUGUCUCUAUGCGUGUGUAUUUUUUGUGUGGAAGUCACAGGAUGAAAUGGUGUCCCCCGCCGUGAUAUUGCUGGAAUAUUGCUAAAAGCGGCGUAAAACCAUACUCACUCACUCACUCACUCACUCACAGGAUGUAAAUGUUGUCGAUGGGGAAUAUCCAGAGACAGGUGGAUAAUAGGGCUUUAGGAGUUAUUAUGCUAACUUAAUGGAUCUGUAUUGGUGCCAUAAUCGCAGUAUAAUUGAUUCCUGAAAUACUGGUGUGAAACGUGAUUCUCUUGUUGACACAAGACUGAUCUCACUCAGAUCAUUCAGCUUGGACUAUGGUUAUGCGAAGGGGACUAUGUUUUUUCAUGACUUUAAUGAACAUGUUUGAACAUGGCUUGACAAAAUGUCCGUACAGGGGUUUG